AUGGUUGCGCCUUUGAAAUCCCUAGAUCCUCAUUCGGACGCGCCAUCUCAGGCAGAUACCCCCAUGACCGAUGCAAAUGAAGAAAUCACGUCGGUGCCCGUGGACAGCACCGACGCGCAGAUGACGGAUGAUAACAGUGUCGCGGGCGACACGACUGUGGAUGGUAGGAAACGAAGAUCUGCAGAAUCUAACCAACGAAAAAGUGCCUUGGGCAAAAAGCACGGUCGUCUGGAUGAGUCUAAGGAAACUGACUCUAUUCGACGGUUCCGCUACCUGCUUGGGCUGACCGAUUUGUUCCGCCACUUCAUCGAAACGAAUCCGAAUCCCCGAAUCAAAGAAAUCAUUGCCGAAAUUGACCGACAAAAUGCAGACGAUGAAGCCAAGGCUAAAAAGAAGGGUACUUCCCGGUCAGGUGGCGCGGGUAACGAAAGACGCCGCAGAACGGAGCAGGAGGAGGAUGCUGAAUUGCUGAAGGACGAGAGCGGAGAACAAACCGGUACUGUCUUUCGGGAGACCCCGCCAUUCAUCAACGGUGAAAUGCGUGAUUAUCAGAUUGCGGGUUUAAACUGGCUCGUUUCUCUUCAUGAAAAUGGUAUCUCGGGCAUUCUGGCAGAUGAGAUGGGUUUGGGUAAAACCCUGCAGACUAUUUCCUUCCUUGGUUAUCUGCGCUAUGUCUGCGACAUCCCUGGGCCUCAUCUUGUGGCUGUUCCCAAAUCGACUCUGGACAAUUGGAAGAGAGAGCUUGAGAAAUGGACGCCUGAUGUUAGGGUUCUGGUCCUUCAGGGUGACAAGGAGGAACGUCAGCGCUUGAUCAACGAAGAGCUUCUUGAAGAGAAUUUCGACGUUUGCAUUACCAGUUACGAAAUGGUUCUACGGGAGAAGACACACCUUAAGAAGUUUGCGUGGGAAUACAUUGUCAUCGACGAGGCCCAUCGGAUCAAGAAUGAGGAAUCGUCCUUGGCUCAGAUCAUCCGUGUCUUCAACUCGCGCAAUCGGCUGCUGAUUACUGGUACCCCGCUUCAAAACAAUCUCCAUGAACUCUGGGCCCUUCUGAAUUUCCUUUUGCCGGAUGUGUUCGGUGACUCGGAAGCCUUUGACCAAUGGUUCUCAACCCAGGAUUCUGACCAAGACACUGUGGUGCAGCAGCUCCACCGAGUUUUGCGGCCUUUCCUGUUGCGACGUGUAAAAAGCGAUGUCGAAAAGAGUCUGCUUCCCAAAAAGGAGAUCAAUUUGUACGUGCCCAUGUCUGAAAUGCAGGUAAAGUGGUAUCAGAAGAUUCUCGAAAAGGAUAUCGAUGCAGUGAAUGGAGCCGCAGGAAAGCGCGAAUCGAAGACGCGUUUGUUGAAUAUUGUGAUGCAGCUUCGCAAAUGCUGCAACCACCCAUAUCUUUUCGAAGGUGCUGAGCCUGGCCCGCCAUACACGACCGAUGAGCAUCUUGUCUACAACUCGGGGAAAAUGGUGAUCCUUGACAAAAUCCUGACACGCAUGCAGAAGCAAGGAAGCCGGGUGCUCAUCUUCUCCCAGAUGAGUCGUGUUCUCGAUAUCUUGGAAGACUACUGUGUCUUCAGAGAUUACAACUACUGUCGUAUUGACGGUACAACGGCUCACGAGGAUCGUAUUGCCGCGAUCGACGAUUACAACAAGCCUGGAUCUGACAAAUUCGUCUUCCUUCUCACGACAAGAGCCGGAGGUCUCGGUAUCAACCUGACUUCUGCAGAUAUCGUGGUCCUCUAUGAUAGUGACUGGAACCCCCAAGCUGAUCUUCAAGCGAUGGACCGUGCUCACCGUAUUGGCCAAACGAAACAAGUGGUGGCGUUCCGUUUCGUUACGGAAAAGGCUAUUGAAGAGAAAGUCCUGGAGCGAGCGGCACAAAAGCUGCGGCUUGACCAGCUGGUCAUCCAACAAGGCCGUGCCCAGCAGCAAGCUAAGAACGCCGCUUCGAAGGAUGAACUGCUUGGUAUGAUUCAGCAUGGAGCCGCCAGCGUGUUUGGUCAAGAAAACAGUACCAUUUCAUCUGAAAAGCAAAUUUCGGAAGAUGAUAUCGAUGCAAUCUUGCGCAAGGGUGAAGAGCGAACUGCAGAGUUGAACAAGAAGUAUGAAAAGUUGGGUAUCGACGACCUUCAGAAGUUCAGCUCUGAGAGCGCAUAUGAGUGGAAUGGCCAAGACUUCACCGAGCGUAAGAAGGACAUUGGAAUUAACUGGAUCAACCCGGCGAAGCGUGAACGAAAAGAGCAGUUCUACUCCAUCGACAAAUACUAUCGUCAGGCCUUGGCCACUGGUGGCAGGACCGCUGAUCCUAAGCCUAAGGUUCCCCGCGCACCCAAGCAGAUUGCUGUUCACGACUGGCAAUUUUUCCCGCCUGGUCUGCAGGAGCUACAGGAGAAAGAAACAGCCUAUUUCCACAAGGAGAUUGGCUACAAGGCCCAACUCCCAGAUGGUCCCGAAGAGGAGCUCAGUGAACGCGAGGCUGAACGUGAUCUGGAGCAACAGGAGAUCGACAACGCCACACCCUUGACGGAGGAUGAGCAAGCCAAGAAGGCCAAGAUGUCCGAAGAAGGCUUUUCGACCUGGAAUCGCCGAGACUUCCAGCAAUUUAUCAACGGAUCGGCCAAGUUUGGACGCAACGACUAUGAUGGUAUUGCCACCGAGGUUGACAGCAAGGAUGCGGACGAGGUCGAGGAGUACGCGAAUGUUUUCUGGAAGCGUUACACCGAAAUCCAAGACUAUCCCAAGUAUCUCCGUGUCAUCGAUCAAGGUGAAGAGAAACUCCGGAAGAUGGGUCACCAGCGCAAGAUGCUCCGCAAGAAGAUCGAGAUGUACCGUGUUCCUCUACAGCAACUCAAGAUCAACUACACUGUCUCCACGACGAACAAAAAGGUUUAUACCGAAGAGGAAGAUCGGUUCCUUUUAGUGAUGCUCGACCGAUAUGGUGUCGAUGGUGAGGGUCUCUAUGAGAAAAUCCGUGAUGAAAUUCGCGAGUCGCCCCUCUUCCGAUUUGAUUGGUUUUUCCUGAGCCGGACGCCAGUGGAAAUUGGGCGCAGGUGCACAACGCUUCUCAACACUGUUGCCAAGGAGUUUGAGCCUGGUGAUGGGAAGGCCAAUGGGGAAGCCGGUAAAGGUCGUGGACGUGGGCGUGAUGACGAAGACGAGGAGAAUGAAGAGGAGGCCCCUGCUAAGAAGAAGACCAAGAACGGCGCCGUAAACAAGCAGGUCAAAGCCGUCAAGGGCGGCAGCAAGUCCAACUCUGCCUCAACAUCACGGGCGGCCAGUGUUUCCUCCAACACGGCGCCCAAGAGCAAAAGUCGCAAGAAGUAA